UUUCUAGUAUUGGCUACUUGCUGCUAGAGGGCGAUUCGUGAAAUCAAAAAUGGCAGUUCAUUCAGGUGUAAAAGGAAAGCUUAUCGGGGUUAUUGGUGAUGAGGAUACCUGUGUUGGUUUCCUUUUGGGUGGCAUAGGAGAAAUUAACAAGUCACGACAACCAAAUUUCAUGGUGGUUGACAAAAACAGCAGUGUUAGUGAGAUUGAAGAUUGUUUCAAGAACUUUGUGAAACGAGGUGAUAUAGACAUCAUCCUUAUUAACCAAAAUAUUGCAGAAAUGAUUCGUCAUGCUAUUGACAACCAUCUAGUCCCCAUUCCAGCUGUUUUAGAAAUACCAUCAAAAGACCACCCUUAUGAUCCAACCAAAGACUCAAUCUUAAGAAGAGCAAAGGGUAUGUUCAACGUAGAGGACUAUCGUUAAUGAAGAAGUUUCGUUUGGAAAUAUUAAUAUUUAAAUGUUGCUUAAAUAUUGUAAGUUGAGUUGGAUUAAAAUUACGUACCAGGGUUAUAUUGUAAGUUAAAUAUGUAUCAAAUUAUUGAAUCAUAAUUGAUCAACAGCCGUAGCUUGUAUGCUAUAUAUGAUCUUGAAUAUGUGUUAUAUUGUUUGUGAUUUACAUUGUAUUUUAGUAUAUAUUCCAUUCACUGAUUUAAACUAGUUGAUGUAAAUUUACUUUAAUAAAAUCUGGGGUUUGAUUCCCCACAGUGUACACAGCAAAUAGCCCAGUGUGGCUUUGCUCUAAAACAAACAAAACUUAAAUAAAAAAAAUAACAGCUAAUAACUUUGAAACGUGAACUUGUGAGUUAGUAAUUGAAAGCAUAAAAAUAUGUAUUGCAAGCUUCUGUUUACACUCAGUUAAAAAUUGCCUGCCUGAAAGUUCAGUGUGAAAUAUAUGUACUGUUUACUUGAUUAUUUUAACUAAUAGAAGUCUAUCUUUGAAUCUUGGUUCAACAAAACACCUACAUCUUAUCAUGUUGUUUUACCACAUCUUGUAGUUGUUUACGUCAUACCUUCAAAGAUAAGUUUCGUUAAAAGAUGUUGAAUAUUAAACUACUUUAUUAUUUUGUACACGUACACUUCAGUAAAGUCAAAAUCCAACAAAAUAAAUGAUUAAACCAUUUUUUCAAA